CGGAACAAGAAGAAGAAAACAAAUAAACAAAAGUUGGCGGUAAAGAUGGAAGCCGAACAGAGCGAAACUUCACCGAACGACGAAACAAAUCAGGAGUACAGAGUUCAGGUGACGUCAAAGAAGAAAGUAACGGAGCUGAUCAACAGAUUUAAAGAAGUUUUAAACUCGGCUUUGGACGGACAGCCCGACAUUUCAGAGGAGACGAAGAGAAACUUACUGCAGGAUCUGCUGCACACCUUUGAAACUGCAGUUCAGGCCAAUGUGUUGGUCAAUGGGCAGACCUGGGAGGAGGCUCCAGAUGUUGAAGACACCAACCAUCUGGAAAUUCUGGACGACACCAUUGUUGAGACCACCAGCAGACGCUCCACGUACCCCAAAAAAAUCCUCCCAUAUGUGGUCCAUGCUCUGAAGGCUGAACGCAAAAUCAUG